AUGGGACAUCCGUUCGUCGUUCAGGCUUCUAACGGAACCUUUAAGCCGCCGAUAGAGGAGUGGCACCAGGAUGUGCGUGCGCAGGACCUGUGCCACGGUGAGCUGCUCGCUACUUUCAACAAUCGCCAGGUCGAUUUGAGCUAUUUCAAGUACGUGGACGAUGUCCACAACUUCGUCUUAGCCGAUCUAGACUCGACCUUGCCAGAAUGUGUCCAGAAGAUUAAGCAUCACGACGUCCUCUUGAAUCAGAGACUGGGACCCUGCGGGUUCAAGCAGAACAUGUCGAAACGGGAGUUUACAAUGUACUUCGGGAUCCACCAG